AUCAAGGACUGACACUGUCUGAAUUCACAAGGAAUAGCCUUUGCAGAAAGCUCGUUAUUCACGGAUAUAUGAUUACCAAUACAAGGAUCAGAUGCUGCAGUUUAAUCAAAAAGAAGGAAGGUAGUAAACUGCAAGCUUUGAAGUCGUAACCCGUGGAUCUGAAGGCAAGAUUGACGAGAACAAAACUUACGGAGGUGACGGACGGGCUGUGUGUGUGUGUGCGGUGUGUGUGUCAUUUUAAUGUUUAUCAACCAACUAACCAACGACAACGCAUAGAAUCGAAAGAAAGGAGCUUGUUGAACUUGGAGCCAGUCUGGUGUGGUGGUACAGUUGAUUGACAACACGAUGGAUGUCUCCCGGUGGUGAAACCAGUGUGACUUUAGUAGCAAAAUUAUUGGUAGAGUGUCGAUUGAGAGGACUAAGCCUGCUGGUGCUCAUGGUAUUGCGUCACAUUGAAUAUGUCUUUCAGACGCUUCCUUCGCGCAACGGGAGGGCGUAGUUUAUCAUCCAAGCCUCGGGAUGAAGACAUCAAGGAUGAGUAUCCCGGAGAGGUGACCGUCCACCCAGAGACCAACAAACCAACUUACGUCUGGGACUGUAUCAAGAAUAAAUCCUCUACGGUUUGUAGGGUGGUUCAACCACUAGACCCAAGCACUCCAAAACCAGAAGAUGCUGUACGCUUUGUUUGUAUAUCCGACACGCAUAACCAAGCAGCACGGCUUUUACCCACCAUCCCUGACGGCGACGUUCUCAUCCACGGCGGUGACUUUACAAAUGUAGGCAGCUUAAAAGAAAUCAAACAAUUCAACGAUUUUAUGGAUCAUACCAGGUUUGUGUGUAUAUCAGACACAUUUUCAAGAACGAGUCACAUGGCGAAGAUUCCAGAUGGAGAUAUUUUGAUUCAUGCUGGGAACUUUAGUAAUAUCGGGUUGCCACGGGAGGUGAUUGCAUUUAAUGAGUUUCUAGGAAAGUUACCUCAUAGGCACAAGAUUGUCAUCGCUGGCAAUCAUGAGGUGACCUUUGACCGGCAGCUCAUGACGGAGCAGAACAGUCACGUGUUCAUGAGUUUUGCAACAGCGCUACAAGAGGUGAAGCAAGAAGACUGGAAACAUAUCCCCUCACAUCUCACCAACUGCACCUACCUAGAGGAUGCCGAGGUCAACAUUAUGGGAUUCAGAAUCUAUGGAUCACCAUGGCAACCAGAGUUUUGUGACUGGGCGUUCAACCUACCUAGAGGCAAGCCUCUGCUUGAUAAGUGGAACCUUAUCCCGACUGGGAUUGAUAUUCUAGUCACUCAUGGACCACCACUAGGUCACGGUGAUUUAACCACGAGUAAAGAGCGCGCUGGCUGUGUGGAACUCCUGACCUCGAUCCAACGCAGGCUAAAACCAAAGUAUCACAUCUUUGGUCACAUCCACGAAGGAUACGGCGUCACAACAGAUAACACGACCACCUUCAUCAAUGCCUCCAUCUGUACAGUCAACUACAGUCCUUCUAACCAUCCCAUCGUGUUCGACCUCCCGACCCCAAAAAUACCAACAAUGGAGGCCGAGACAUCUCUUUGACUCUCUGGGGCAAAACCACCUUUGACAUCUACGAUCCCAAGUUACCCGUUAUUGUACACACAUUGAUCUGGUUCAUCUUCUACCAAUGACCUUUAACCUAUGACCUUUGAGUGCAGAACUACCCCAUUGUGUAUGACGUAAGUGAUGCCAGUUAUCCGUCAAUGGUAGAAGUGAUGUUGAUUUAAAGGGCAACACAUUUGCUGUGUGCAGUUGAACAUCAAAUGAACAUCAAAAUCAACAUAGAAAUAACAAGCUAUUUUGAUUUGGUUUUCUUCUUCUGAUGUGUUUCAAGUAAAAUGUGCAUUUCAGUAAAGGUUGAAAAUGACUGGGUAAAAUUUCUUUGAAUGAGUUCCCAGAAUCAUGGCAAUGGACAGUUCAUCCUUUCCAAUUUGGAAUUGUAACCAUUUUUGAUAAAAUCUUUUUUUCCAGUUGAUCAUUUUGGUUUUGGUUUUUUGAAAUAAACACUUGUUCUUAUUGUGGACAGUAGUUGACGAGUCUCCCACCGAUUCUAAACUCGACCAAAAGUGAUUUUGCUAUCAAUUUUUUUAAAAUACCAAAAGAAAUGUGGAUUUUCUGCUGCAUUUUCCACCUUGAAACCUGUGCAUAACGGGAACAUACUUAUAAUAAUACAAGUAGUGUGCACAAUUUGGAGUGUUAAAUACUGUUUCUUUUAAGAAAUUUCAUAGUUUUAUACUACUUUAUCCUAUAUAAACUAUAGUGAAUUAUUACUGAAAUGUUUUGUUUCUUCACAAAUUAUACAAACCAGAUUGUAUGUACUGGAUUGUUACCAUGCGGUUUUGUUACUACGAGAAAUGUUGGCAUGGCAACAUUGAUGAAUAUUUAUGACUCUGCCAAGACAACAAAACAACAACUCAUUUGUGAGACCUGAUGAAGUGCAAUGUUUCAUGUCACAUGGGUUAGAAGUGAUGAUUUAUUGGACAAAUGAUUUUAAUGUUCAGUUGAUGCAUUGAUGAAUAUUAAUAUGUCACAUGAUGUCAAGUUGUGAUUUCAUUGGCCAACUGAGUGGCAGGGUUGAGUAGUAUGCAAAAUGAGGUGUAAAAUGUUCUUAUUGUAUUAAGAAAAAGCUUGUUAAAGAAAUAAAAUAUUGUACUCACUUAAGUGGCGAUGUCAAUUUUACCGACUUAUUCCAAGAGGCAUUAUGAGAGGGCAAGGCCAUUUUUAUUGUUCAACAUGUUCAAAGGUCACCUCCAUUGGGAAAAUCUGUUGAACAACUUUUGAAGGGGCACCAAGGGCAUGACCAGGGAAAAACCAUGACCAGAGAAAAACCAUAGCCCGUGGACUCUGUGUAAUUCAAGGCAAGCAAUGUCACUUGGACAUUAGUUGAGAAACAGCCUCAUCGUAAGAAUGGGUCAUACUUUAAGUAGAGAUCCUUUAUCAUGGUUGCAAAAGCUGGCAAGAGACUUUGCAUAAGUCUCACGCGUGUUCAAAUAUUUUUGGUCCCUUGUACAUAGUUUCAGCACAUGACAGAAGUGAACAGUCUAGUGAAAACUUGUUUGUGUUAAAACAGAUGUUUCCCUUUUACAAAUGAAACCAUGUUGUGAGUCAUUGAAUAUACACAGAAUUGAUUUGUACACACAUAACAUUAGUAUGUUAUAUUCUUUGCUUGCCGUGUCCAUGUCAUUGAUAUCACAUUUACUCACUCUAUAGACCAUGUGAAUCUUGUUCACAAUAAGUGUGACCUUGUACAUUCUUUCAGUAUUCUGGCAGGCAAG